AGGCGGGCUAUGAAAGUCUUGAAGAAUAACUCAUUGAUCUAUCUCCAGCAAGGCAUAGAGUUGGUCGUGCAAACCUUGCUUUAAGAGUUAUUUGGAGAAAACGUGCGCGUUACUCCCUAAACGUCAAUUUUUUGCUUUCACUUGGACGAACAAACAGGGCAGCUGCAAUGUGGAUUCAAGUGCGCACAAUGGAUGGGAAGGAAACCCAUCGGGUGGAUUCCCUGUCCAAACUAACCAAGGUGGAUGAGCUGCGUGUCAAAAUCUUUGAGCUCUUUAAGGUGGAGCCAGAGAGGCAGAGGCUGUUCUACCGUGGCAAGCAGAUGGAAGAUGGCCACACCAUAUUUGACUACAACGUGGGCCUGAACGACAUAGUGCAGCUACUUAUUAGGCAGAAGGCGCCCCCUGGUGAUGUCGUUAAAAGCAAAGAAAAAGAAGCUGAGCUCUCUGACUCUGAUUCUGGUUGCGGCUCAACUCAGAGCGAGUCUGACAAGAGCUCCACUCACGGCGAGGUAGAGGGCCAGACUGCUGGCACCUCUGCCCAGAUAAACACCGCAGAGCUCAUCGAUCCAGGGUUUGGAUUUUACAAGAUCAAUGAGCUGGUGGAUGCAAGGGACCUGAACAUGGGAGCUUGGUUUGAAGCCCAGAUUCUGAAAGUUACGAAGACAACAAAGACUCCUAAAGAAGAGGCCGCGGAAGCCGAGCCAGCAGAGGAGGAGACACUCUACCAUGUUAAAUAUGAAGACUACCCAGAGAAUGGGGUGAUUCAAUUGCUGGGCAAGGAUGUUCGUCCAAGGGCCCGUACAGUGUACCAGUGGCACCAGCUGGAGCCAGGAAUGGUUGUCAUGGUCAACUACAACCCAGACGACCCCAAGGAACGCGGCUACUGGUAUGACGCUGAGAUCCAGAGGAAGAGGGAGACGCGCACCCUGCGAGAAAUCUAUGCCAAGAUUAUCCUCGGUGAUGCUGGCGACUCGCUCAAUGAUUGCCGGAUCAUGUUCCUGACUGAAAUCUACAAAAUUGAGGAGCCUGGUUCUCUGGAUGAAACCCCAGCUGGAUCUGAGAGUCCACUUAAAAGAUCAAAUGGGCCUGAGUGCAAACACUGUAAGGAUGACCCCAAAAAGAACUGUCAGUGGUGUAACUGCCAUAUCUGUGGCAUCAAGCAGGAUCCUGACAAACAGCUGCUGUGUGACGAAUGCGACAUGGCCUAUCACAUUUACUGCCUGAACCCUCCACUCACCUCCAUCCCCGAAGAUGAAGACUGGUAUUGCCCAGGUUGUCGCAAUGACACCAGUGAGGUUGUGAAGGCUGGAGAAAAGCUGAAGGAGAGCAAGAAGAAAGCUAAGAUGGCUUCUGCCAGCUCCUCCAGCCAGAGGGACUGGGGCAAGGGAAUGGCCUGUGUUGGUCGAACUAAGCAAUGCACCAUCGUCCCAUCCAACCACUAUGGCCCAAUACCUGGCAUCCCCGUCGGCUCCCUGUGGAAGUUCAGAGUGCAGGUCAGUGAAUCUGGUGUCCACAGGCCACAUGUAGCUGGGAUUCAUGGCAGGAGCAAUGAUGGUGCCUACUCUUUGGUUCUAGCAGGAGGCUAUGAGGAUGAUGUGGAUGACGGUAAUGAGUUUACUUACACUGGCUCUGGAGGGCGCGAUCUUUCUGGAAACAAGAGGACUGCUGAGCAGUCAUGUGAUCAGACACUCACCCACAUGAACCGGGCAUUGGCUCUCAACUGCAACAUACCUGUCAAUGCCAAAAAUGGAGCGGAGGCCAAGAACUGGAAGGAGGGCAAACCGGUUAGAGUUGUGCGCAGCUGCAAGGGUCGCAAGCACAGUAAAUAUUCACCCGAGGAAGGAAACCGAUAUGAUGGCAUAUAUAAGGUGGUGAAGUACUGGCCAGCAAAGGGCAAGUCUGGCUUUUUGGUCUGGAGGUAUCUGCUGAAGCGUGAUGAUGAUGAGCCGGCACCAUGGACUAGAGAUGGCAAGGAACGUAUCAAGAAGCUUGGUCUCACCAUGCAGUAUCCUGCUGGUUAUCAGAAAGAGAAGGAGAACAAAAACGAAGUGGAGGAGGAGGCGGCGACACCCAGCAAGGCAAAGAGGAAGAGAAAAUCUCAGGGCAGUGAAUCCACCAAGACCUCACCAGCCAAGACUCCUAAGAAAAUGAAGGUAGAACAGUACAAGCUUACCAAGGAACAGAAAGCGCUCAUCAAGAGUGAUGAGGCAAACAAGAAGGUGUGGGGUGAAGCCAUGGAGUCAUUGUCACUUGGACCGAAAUUCUUGAACAAAGUUGAAGAAGUUUUCCUCUGCAUCUGCUGCCAAGAAGUGGUCUUUCAGCCCAUCACCACAGAGUGCCAACACAAUGUCUGCAGGGAAUGCCUUCAGCGGUCCUUCAAAGCAGAGGUGUACACCUGCCCGGCCUGCAGGCAUGACCUAGGCAAAAACUACUCCAUGGCCGUCAACAAAUCCCUGCAAGACAUUCUAAAUCAGUUUUUCCCAGGGUACAGCAAUGGGCGAUGAUUAUUGGUUCUGCCUACUCAGUGUUUGAGGAAACGUGAUGUAAACUGUAAGGGGAAUUUUCAGUAGAGGCAAUAAAGAAUCAGUUUCUCUUAAUAUAUUUUUAAUGAUUAUAAAACUACAUUUUUUUUUUGUGGACUUCAAUGCUACCAUUUUUCACCUUGGAUCUGCCAUGAUGCGUAGUUAACGAUAAUUGAAAAUUCCCUAGUGACUGUACCAUUACUCCGUUAACGCCUUCAACUGUGAUUUUACUCCCAGCUUUUCAUGUUGUUCCAUUAACUAAUGCCUAAUGUCAUCCAUGUAAAAUGUUUGUUACUUUUAACAAAAUCCCUCCAUGUUUAGCACUCCUUAAGAGAACAAAAGUCAAAGGUGGUUUAGCCAUUUGCCCAACUUGUUUGGAGAUUAUUUUUUACAUGGCUGUUAGAAUCUCGAUUUUAGCUGGUCUGCCGUUAGUUUGGCUGUGGUUAGUCAUCAUUUUGGUGCCAUUUCUUAAAGAUCUGAUCAUUGUGGUCUGUGUUGUACAUCACAUCUAACUUGGAAGGUUCAAUAUCUCAAGUUACUUGUCUGUACUGUACUUUGUAAACACUGAGACUGAGGAAAGUGCUGCAGAUUUUAUAAACACAAUGCAGCUUCCUGUAAAGAGACGUUUAUUAACUACACAAACUAUCAAGAUGAUAGUCGUAUGUGUUAGUCCUGGCGUGAUCAGAUGAUAGAAAUUGCACUAACAUGACAUUUUGUGUGAGAAAGGGGCUAUCUGAAACUACAGAUCAAAUAAUAGAUGAGGCUGAACAUACAAGCACAAACAACAUGUUUAAGUUCUUUGUUUUUCUCCUUCAGCAGUCUGAGAGGAAGUGUCUUGUUGGUGAGCAGUGUUAUCAAAUGUGGUUGGCUCUUCUAACUGUCCAUAUUGGUUCCUGUUUCCACUAUAUAACUAUUUCCAUGCAUUCAUUUUAUAUUUCUAUUUGAGGGUUGCUAUAAAAGAUUUUAUGAAUUUGAUAAAACUUUGAAUGCUAAAUACGUUCUUAACGUUCUUAUAUUUUGUUAUAUAGAUUUGGAUUCCCCAUGUUCGAAAAAGUUUCAUUUGAUGAAGUCCAAAGAAACAAGUGCUUAACCAAGAGUGUAGUGUAGAUCUCCCAUCUAUCUAGCUCUUAGACAUUGUCCCUGACACUCAAACCCAAUUGAGUCUAGAAACUUUAUUUGUACUCUAUGCUAAAAAUUUAAAUUUGUACUUUUUUUUUUUUUUUUCACUUUUUAUAAUCUAUAACUGCCAUCUGUCGGGUGGGGGGUUCAUUCAGGCUGUUGUCUCCUGUGGUCAAUUGUACUACCUGACCUCAGUUUUAGAAAAACAAAAUGCUGGGAUUAAGUUGAACAGUUAAGGAAAUUCCACACACUCUUCUUGAAAUUUGAUAUUGAAUCCGCUAAAUUAUCUGAAUUUGUUAUAUAUUUUGCCGUUGCCUUUUGUCUUGAAUUUCAACAAUAGUGUGUGACAAUGUCCAUCCACAUGCCAGCAUUUUGAGUUUUAAUAGAGACAAAUAUUUGCAUAGACUGGGAAAUGUAUAUUUUCAGAAAUUGUAUAAUUUUUAGUCCAUUUUUAGUUUUGAUAUGUAGUUUUAGAAUUGCUUGCACAUGUUCGGUGCAAAGAUUUGUCAAUACAUUUUCAGUGUUAUUCAAUAAAAACGUGAAAAUUA